AUGUGUGUUAACAUGGCAAAUUUUCAAAAAUUGUUGGUGGUUUUGUUUCUCUCUGCCGUGGCAUCUAGCAUAGUACUUGUAGAUGCCAAUUUUUCCAAAAGCAUGUAUAUCACUUGGGGUUCUCAACAUGCAUUGAUGCAGGGUGAAGAUCUCCAACUUGUGUUGGAUCAAACCUCAGGAUCUGCAGCUCAAACAAAAAAAUCAUUCUUAUUCGGAAGUAUUGAAUCAUUAAUCAAGUUAGUUCCUGGUAAUUCUGCGGGAACAGUUACUGCUUAUUAUUUAUCCUCUACAGGAAGCCAACAUGAUGAGAUAGAUUUUGAGUUUUUAGGAAAUAUUUCAGGACAACCAUAUAUUGUCCACACAAACAUCUAUACACAAGGAAAUGGAAGCAGAGAGCAACAGUUCUACCUCUGGUUUGACCCAACAACUGAUUUUCACAACUACACCAUUCACUGGAACCCAAUUGAAGUUGUGUGGUACAUUGAUAGUAUACCAAUUAGGGUGUACCGUAACUAUGAAAAUGAGGGUAUUGGUUUUCCAAACAAGCAAGGAAUGAGAGUUUAUACAAGCCUAUGGAAUGCAGAUGAUUGGGCUACCAGAGGUGGAAUUGUGAAAACGAAUUGGAGUGAUGCACCAUUCAUAGCUAAAUUAAACCAUUUUAGAGCAAGAGCAUGCCCUUGGAAUGGAGCAAUGAGCAUCAACCAAUGCUCCUUGAAUAUCCCUGCUAAUUGGUGGACUUCUCCCACAUACAAACAGUUGAGUUAUGCCCAACUAGGUCAACUGAAUUGGGUCAGAAACAAUUACAUGAUUUAUGAUUAUUGCAAAGACACCAAAAGAUUCAAUGGACAAAUGCCUCCUGAAUGUUUCAAGUCACAAUUUUAA